UCAGUACGGAAGGGGCAGGGCGAUUUCAUUCGGAUUGGAUAAACUGAAUGUGUUAUCGGUGCUGUAAGGAUACAUGAAUGACUGAGUGCUUCUUGGGAUGCAAGAAUACUUUGUGUAGUUUUCUCAUAAUAGACAAUCUAUCAAGACACUGUUCAAGGAUACCCAGUAAACGUCUGUGGCUGUGGUAGGAGAGUGAGCGAGUGAGUGAUGGCGGACCAGCAGAAGCAGCGCUCUCUCUCCACAUCGGGCGAGUCCCUGUAUGUGGUGCUUGGCGUUGACAAAAACGCUGCACCUGAAGAUAUCAAGAAGUCCUACAGGAAGUUAGCACUAAAGUACCACCCUGAUAAGAACCCAGACAAUCCAGAUGCGUCAGAGAAGUUCAAAGAGAUCAACAACGCCCACGCCAUCCUCAGCGACGUCACCAAACGCAACAUCUACAACCAGUAUGGUUCACUAGGACUCUACGUGGCCGAGCAGUUUGGCGAGGAGAAUGUCAACACCUACUUUGUGCUCUCCAGUUGGUGGGCCAAGGCCUUGUUUCUCUUCUGCGGCGUGGCCACGGGCUGCUACUGUUGCUGCUGCCUGUGCUGCUGCUGUAAUUGCUGCUGUGGCAAGUGCAAACCCCGGCCCCCACAGGACCAGGAGCCCGAGUUCUUUGUCUCGCCUGAGGACCUGGAGGCCCAGAUGCAGGAAGACAGAGAUGGUACCAGCCCCAUCGUGAUGCAGCCCUCCUCUGCCACGGAAACGACCCAGUUGACAUCCGACAGCCACCACUCCAGCUACCGGACCGACACGGGCUACAACUAGCACCAGUCUAGAACCUUUACCCAGGCCUUCUACUCCCACUAACUCCCACUCCUGUCCCCACUGCCUCCGCCACCCUUAAAACCCACUUCCCCAACCUGGGACGAGCCACCAUGCUGGGGGGUUCUGGAAGAGGAGCAGCCCAAUCAGACACUGGAAAUGAUGCGCUGAGAGAGUGAGGGAGAAGAGAGAGAGACUGAGCGUGAGGAUGCCAAGUAGUCUUCAUCUGCUUCCGCACUGACAGCAACACAUAUCGGCGCCUUUUUGGAAGGAAAAAAAGGAGAGAGGCUUCUUUUGUUGUUGUUGUUUUUGUCUUUUUUUUUGUUUUUGCCUUUUACCUCCUGUCGUUCCAGAUUCUGCUGUCAUCCCUCUACCACCCAUUCAGCGUGCACUCACACACGCGCGCGCACGCACACACACACACUCACUAUGAUUUUAGAUUGUAGUAUUUAAUUUACAAAUCAAGUUUGUGUUUUUAAUAUUUAUGUUUUAUCCUUUUACUAUGUCAGUAUUGUUAGGUUCUUGUGAUGUUCCUUUCCAUAUCACUCUUCAUGGAGCCUCAGCACUCCAUCUGAGAGAUGUUUGUCUUGUCAGCAGUGCAUAUCCUGCACAUGUAGCGCUUCCUCUAACCUAGUCUAAUGCAUAUUCUCCAUGAAGCCAGACAGUAAGUCCAGCUGGAACUGAUUAUAAUAAUCAUUAUAAUGACUAUUAAGACUAUUAUGAAGAUCAUGAAUGAUGAUGGUGGUGAUGUAAAUGAUUUGUGACCCAGUUACUACAUUGUUACAUGACCAACACUCCAGACUGCACUCACAUAGAAGGCAAAUUCUACAAGUAGAAUACACGAUUACAUCUUUACUUUGCACCUUCGUGACAUACUAACAUACACUCAAAUAAAAUGAACCCUGGCUUCUCAUUUGGUAUAUUUUCAUUUUGGGAAAAUAAUGUUGAUCAUUCUGUAGACUUUGGACACACACACACACACACAAACAGCCUCCCUUUACUAGUCCUGUCCUGUUACAGCUGACCUGUUAUCUCUCUUGCAUACCUGUAGUAGAGAUGAGAAAUGAAGUAAUACAGUAAAUCCCAAACUCAACAUGUUCUGGAGCACUUCUUGUGCAAAAGUAUCAUUGAUGUGUAGGAAUUAGAUAUUCAGCGGUUCUGAGCUGUCAUUCACCUUAUGUGGAUUGAUCAUCAUAUUGCCAUACUCACUCACACAAAUCAACUAGUCAUGGCCAAAAGUAGCUGAGCUGAUUAUACUUGUUAUGCUGAUAUGCUGUCAGUGAGUAACAAAAAAGCCAAAACGACAGAUGUUGUUCAGGUUGACCAUUGCCAGUCCAUGUUAGCCAAGCUUGCCAGCCUUCUAGCCACCCUACUCCCUUGAACACACACACACACACAAAGACUACUGUUUGUAGAUCCUCUGUAUUAACCUUAUAUGUGCACCCACUUUCAACUCCUGUGUGCAGGUUUUACUGUAGGUCUGGUGUGCUGUUGAAAUCUGGAGCUGUUGUACCAACACACUACGGUUCCUGUGUAAGUGGGUUAGUCAGGGAUGGCAUAUGGUGUUGAGGUGGGGGGGAUGUAGGGGCGAGGCUGGAAUCUAAAGCGUGCAUGAGUAUUGUUGUGUUCUUCCUUAUAUGUCUCCUGGCUUAGAGUCUGCAGCACAAACACAUGUGCACUGAAAGGGUGAGGCAUUUGGUGUUGUUUGUGGUUGUUGUUGCCUUCUCUGCUGAAGUUGCAGUCGGAUCUGUUGCAGUCAAGCCUACACGGCUAACACAUUGGUCACACUGUUCAUGUGUGCUUUGUGACUUCGGUUUUACUAGAGUGCACAUUUGUUCAAAGCUGUUGUGUCUGACCAAAGUUUGCUGAUGCGGUUUCCUUCUACUACUGAGACUACUGUGGCUUUGACAGUCUACUAGAGUUAGUAGAGUAAAAUGGAAACUGAACUUGAAAUCAUUAAGAGUGAGACGCCCAUUUGCUAUGUUGACAUGCCAAAUCAUGAGCUUUCCACAGAUUUACCGCCAGGUGUAAUCUGUGCAUGUGUGCUAUUGAUAACCUGUCUUGCUGUGUACUGCAGUGUGAGGCUGAGACGGAUGCAAGAGAGCGAGAACACCACUGUAUGCAAGCAUGUGCUUGCUUCUCACCUGUUUCCAUGCCAACAGGUGCUUCUCUGUUGCCAUGUGAACAAGCGCUUCCCUUCAGAUACUGCUGGAGAAAAUUUUGCCUUCCAACAAACCACAAAACGUGGCCUCCGGCUCAUCGUAUCUAUGCAUGUGUGACUAACAGAUCACUGCUACAGGCUGGAGGCGGGUGUGCCAGUGGUGUUUUGCGGGUUAUGGUGGCGUUAACUGUUGUCAUCUCUUCCAGAGUGUUCUCUUUAUGACUGAUUGGCCAUUCCAAAUGUGUGACUGGCACCACAUCCCUGAGCUUGAUAUCUGCUUCAUCUCUUUAGUGAGCUUAUUUGGAUGAGCUCCCUGAAAAAAGUAUAUUUACUAGGUUUAAUCUCACUGGACCUGUCAUUAGGAUUGCUGUCAGACUUAAUUGCUGCAAUCAGUAUCUUGAUUCUCUUGAUCCUUCCUGUUGUGUUUUUACCUUUCUGUUAACCAGUAUAGAGUUGACUGAAUAUUAAGCCACAUUUGAAUGACUAUGCCCAUGGAUUUGCACUGUUUUUAUUUAUGUGUUGCUAGUUUCUUACUGUUCAGUUGCUUCUGCUGUUUCAGUGUAGUUGUGUGUAGUAGACCUAACAUACUUUUACGUUAAGUGCGUUUGUGUGUUUGUGUCUGCUGAAACAGGUGUUCCUCAACAAGUGUUGAAGUGCAGAUAUUGAUCAGUAUUGCGUCUUAUACUGUACCCAUGUCCUAUGCCCUCAACUUCCAUAACCCCUGGUACUCCUCAUCAACAAAUGAUCCUCAAUCCUUUUCCUCACUGUCUUCAGCUCCGUCAUGCUCUAUUUGUCUUGAUAAAGCGUAUUAACACUAACGUCAACCUCACAACUUCCUCCAAAGCAGUUAAUUGGGGGAUAGAGAAAAUAAUGAGAGGGGAAAUAAUGAAAUUUAUUUUUUAGGCACAUAAAAAAUGCCACUGUCAGAUUUCAUUACUAAAUAUAUGUGUGUGAGAGUUAAGUGCUUGUGUGUAUGUGUCUGAAUGUAUAUCUGUGUGCCGGGUGUGGAGGGAGAGUGGGGGGUCAAGCCUUUUUUCGAGGAACCCCUAUUGCAGUUGAAAUUGUACUGAUCCAUUCCCUAUGUCCUGUAAAAGCUCACAAUGGGAACACUCUUAACACCCGUUAUGACUAUGAUUAUGUUUCCUAUGUGGACUGAGGGUAGUGGUGUCCAUCUCCUAAUAUUUAUCUUUUUAAAUGUAACUUACUUGUCAUAUUUGUUGUAGAUCCCAGAUCUGUCUGUGUGAGUGUGUGAGUUUUGGUUCCAUGACCGACAGUGUUUCCUAUAUUUUCCUUUAGUCGUAAAAUUAUUUAUGUUAUCUGUGUGAGUGCUGAAAGUUAAUAUACUGACAAUCAGUGAAGCCAGGAAUGUUAGGUAAUGUCUAGGGAUACAGAACUUUUGUGUUUUUUUGUUUUGUUUUUUAAGUGAUCUGAUAAAGUCAUACUACCAUAGUACUCCCUAAUCUGUUUUAUUUUGCAUAAUUCAAUUUCAUUUAAUAAUACUGCAAACAUCUCUGCUUUUGUUAUAGUUUUAGACUAGAAAUGUACAAUUGUAGAUUUAAAAAGUGGUAGUAUAUUUUGAUGUUCUGGCAUUAAGUUGACAAGGGAAGUUUUAGCUGUGUCCUGUUUUGUGUUUUUAUUUUAAUGUCAUCUGGAUCUCUGUGGAUCGAUGUCCUCUGGUUUAGUUGCUUGUGUUGCCUGUGACAAACAGUCUCAUCACAUAUCCUUGUCUCUAUGGUGACCUUUUUACCUGAAAAUAAAGGCAAAUUGUCAGUGUGGACCUCUAUACCAAAACUAGUCAAAAUGAACCAAACAGUAAAACAACACAAGUACAAUUAAUUAAUAUAAUUGAUAAUGCUAUAUAUUGCAAUUUUAUUUAUUCUAUUUUUCUUAUGGUUUUAAUGAAUUACCAUAGUCCAAAUAGUGUGCAUGUAGAUUUUGGGAAGAUGCUAGAUUGAUCAAGAUCCUCAUACUGAAUGACUUUGUCAGUUGUAUGUAUUUUAUCUUAAGAGAAAGCAGACGUUUCAUUCUGUUUUGAUGUUGUUCAAAUAAAUGUUUCUGAAAUUAA